UCAAUUUUUGCUGUUGGGCAACACAUUGCUGAGGCUCAAUGUAGAGUGCCUUCACCAAUGCAGAUCGUAGUAACAUCUGAAAAUUUCAAAACUGUAUUGCAUUGGCAGUACCCACAUAUGUCUGAAACUCCUCAUUUUAUUGUGGAAAUCAAACCUUACACUUUAGGUUACUACAAGAUCGUCUCUACCUGUGUGAAUAUUUCAGCUCAUUUUUGUGAUCUCUCAAGGGAAAUAAGUGACCCUUUUACCUCUCACUGGCUUAGAGUUAAAGCUGUUGUUGGGUCACAACAGUCUGAGUAUGUUGAGACAAAUGAGUUUAUUCUGCAAAAGCAUGGAAAAAUAGGACCACCAAAACUGAACCUCUCAAGGCAUGGUGAUGAAAUCACAGUUGAUAUUUAUCAUCCUCCAUUUCCAUCUGUGGAGUCCCCUCCUUGGAUCAGAAAUGUUUAUUCAGAGCUCGUGUACACGGUGAUGUUUUGGGAUCAUAAAAAUCCGAGUAAAGAAGAGCUCCCUGAAGACAACUGCACCAUGUAUAAAUGCAGCCUCAACAUCCGAGUUCCUGCGGAAGGUUCCACUUACUGUGUUUCAGCAAAGGGAAGUUUGUAUGGUGAACUGAUAGUUUUUGCCCCAUCAGAAGAAACCUGCAUUCAUAUUCCUCUCAAGCAGACAUUGGGCACAGAAUAUAUCGUAAUUCCAUGUGGUGUUAUUCUGAGCCUGUGUCUAAUUUUGGCGGUAUGUUGUGGCUGCAAGAAACUAAGGGAGAAGAACAUAAAACUGCCUAAGUCUUUGGUCAGCGUGAUAAGAAACCUGAACACAGACAACAUUCUAGAAUCAAAAUCUGAAUCAAAAUAUGUAUCUGUAAUAAGUGUUACGUCAGACCAGUCAGCAUUGACAGGGAAUGAUGAAAUAACUUCACUGGAGGUAGAGCCUAAAGAAGAAACUGUUAGUCCUGAGAAUUCCAGUGAAAGACCAUCUUCUGUUCCUCUGUUAGAGGCACCAGCCAAAGCAGAAGAGAUGUCUGUGAAGGAAAGCACAGAGGAGGUAUCUUCUGAUGAUGAACAGAAUAGCAAAGUGAGAGAGAGUUACUUCAUUUCUGACAGUAGCCAAAUGGAUAUAUGUAAUAACUCUGCAGGUCUGGAGGUUUCUGCCACGGAAAUAGAACAAACAGUCCUUCCAAGCAGCUGUGUCAAGUUUUCUGGCUAUGACAAGCCUCAUGUUCCAUUAGAUAUGCUGAUAGAUGUUGGUGAAGAACAGCCUGUGAUUGCUUACAGGCCCACUGACUAACCAACAUCAAUGACAUAUUUAACCAGGAAGAACAGCAUUAUGGAAGAACUCAGGAAGAACUCAGGAAGAACAGCAUUAUUGAAGAUUAUAGAAAGUCUAGGUUGUAUUAUGAACAUCUACAAGUUGUACUUGCUCUAAUCCAACCAAAGUAACUAGUACACAACUUAUUACAGUGGGAUUCUGAAAUGGAGCUGAAAGUAGUACCUGAGAACAGCAUAAAAAGUGGGGGGAAAUUUCAUAAUAACCACUUCUAGAAGUGGUUGUGUAUAUGACAUAACUCACUGCUUCCUAUUUGAAAUACUGCUCUGUUUUUUUUAACAGUACUCUCUGGAAAACAGACUUCAUGAAGGAGCAUAAACCAGCAGCUGUAUCAUUACUCGCUUAUGUUUCAAAUCCUUUUCAAAAUUAAUUUGAUUAACAUAAUGCUUAAGAAGUCCUUCACUUGGUUAUGAUAGAAAUGUGCAAGAAAUAUUUGCAAGUUUUUCCCUUUAUUGAGGUAUUCUCUUGCUUUUUCUCUUCAGGAGUAUUGUUGUAUUAAAUUAAAUGUUACUGUUUCUUUUAAGUAAGAAUAUGGCGAUGAUCUUUUCUUGUAUAUCUUGAAAAUCUAAUUUCAUAGCCAAGAACCAGUUCUUUGUAGUCUUUUUCUGCAACUGUAUGUAUUUCCUGUAUGUACUAACUGCAUGUAAUGGAAAAGUAGGUAUUUCCAAUAAGUAGGUAUUUCUAGGACCGUUACUUUGUACAUUUCAGUGAGUAAACAAUAGAACUCCUUUGUAACAUAAAUUCUGUGGCUAAAAAAAAGCUAUUUUUAAAAGUGCUGUUACUUGCAUAUAGCUGCAGCCUUUUGGAUCACCUAGAUACAUUGUGUAACCAUGUCACAUUCUGGAUAAUUUCUGUAUUAGCAUGCUGGCUCAUCACCAUUGUGGGGGGGGGAAAUGUCAUGGGUGGUUGCACAAAUUAUUUAGAAAAUGUUUUCAAAAUUCAAAAGCCUGUUUUUCUCCAGAGUGUUUUUAUCCUAAUGCUCAGAACAGUAUGAUUUAUUUUUUUACUAGAAAUAAACAGGACUUCUUCCAAACAUGUUUUCUAGCAGGUUGAAAAUAAAUACCAUUUUUCCCCUUUUUAUGACAUAACUCAGGAACCACACCAAAUUACUUCCCUCUACAAAUACAUCUCAAGACAAUAGUAAAGUAGUGUGGUAAGUUGUAAUUCAUGUUACUGUUAUUUGACAGCCCUCUGAAUUUUGUAGCAUGAGAUUGUAGUUCUGAGAACUGAAGGAUGAGAAUUUUAUUUUUUUACAUUUAAAAACUUUGAGUCUAAUGUCUGCAAUCAGAUUUCCUUUAAUCAAAAUUUGAUGGGUAUUUUCUAUUUGUAGGAAAUGUUUACAAUCAUUCUUAAUGAAGCUUAGUUCAGAAAAAAAGGAUGUUUUAGUGGUGCAGUUAUACAAAAUUAUGUCUUUGUUUUAAAAGAUGUUUUUUUAGGAUUAUCAGAAACAUUUGCAUGUUAUAGCAGGUGGUUUUAAAAGAAAACCAGUAUCACAGUGCUUCUGUCCUUAUGUUUCUCAGUGGUGUGAGUAUUCCUAAGAUAAAGUUAGUUUAUACAGCAUUUUCUGGGCUGGUUCUAUUCCUGCAGAUAUGACAUUAACCAUCGAUUCCCAGAGAUUUAAAGACAAUAGCUAUUUUUCCCUUCUCUACUCACAGGAAAGUAACAUCUUCUAGGAGGGUUUUGAUAGUUUUAGGAAAAACCAAAUCAAACAGGUGAAUUUUGUAGUUAAUAGUGUAAUUGAAAGUCCAACUAGAAAGAUUUCAGUAUGUGUUUAGCUAGCUUUGAUUUGCUUCUGCAUUAUGUUUAAAAGUAGUGAGACCCCCUAGUAACUUGUACAAUGUCAUGUUCUUGGUUGAGUUCCUGGAAGGCAAUGCUGAUGACUUACUGCUUAGGAUGCAUAAGUGUGUAGAUAUCUGCACUGCAGAAGUACAGAAAAUAACUUCAGUUAAUAAUAUGGUUCACCACUGAAGCAUGCUUUUAGUAGUUUAAAGUAGUAGUCUACUAAGGAGAUGAGCAGCUGUGUCUUGUGCAGAGCUUGAAGUUGGUGUCAUUUCUUUCAGGUUUUAUAGGUUUGUUGAUAAAUAUGAACUGCAGCAAAUACCUCAGGAGUUUAUAAAUGUCAGGUGUUUAAGUUAAACUUGGCUCAGAAUGGAGAAAUAGGGUGUAACUGUGAGGUUAGCUUGUUUUCUGGGAAGGUGUUUCUGAUCAGACAAUUUGCUGAGUAUCUUCUUUGCCACUGCUCGGAGUAUUUAAUCUUCUUGUAAUUGGUAGCUUGUUUUCCUUCCAUCAGUUUUGUCCAAAAAAAAUGUUGCUGUUCUCCAAGAAGAUUGGGAAUUAGCCACAAUCAUUCCGUUUGGUGUAUCUGCCUCAAAACUGUUCUGUCAGAAGUAUGUAAUUUCUUGGAAAUCAUAGAUUUAUAUUCUUAACUGUAUGUGGUGAAACCCUGGCCAUGUUAGGAAAAUAAUUGACUAGGCCUCUUAGAUUUGUGUGAACAUAAGAGAUGUUGUUUUCUGAAAGGUUUUCCUUGCUGCCACACUGGAAGAAGUAUGAGGUAUUGCCUGUGUGAGGGCAGAGAGAUAUAUUUUUAAAGGAAGUGACUGUCUCAGAUUCUUUUCUCUUCCCCCUUCAGUGCUACUACAUUGUACAUUGUCCCAAAUCUUUCAAGUCACAUGUAGUCCUAUGUGAGUAAAAGGGACCAGCCAGGUGCCAGGAUAUAAUUAAGGACAAGAAGGUUAAGACUGAUGAGAAACAACACCAGUACAUCAUGAGCAUAUAGGAAAAAUUUGACACUGUGGGUGGUUACAUACAAUGGAAAGGCACUGUUACUCUGUAAGAUGAACAUCAAGCACAGGAGUAUGAGUGCUUUGUGAUAUACAACAUAUAUAUGUGCACAACUGACCUCUUUUGUAACUAUCACAAGUAAAUCUAUUUUUAAAUUAAGAUUUCUGAACUGUAAUUAUAAAAGCCACUGAAUUAUCACCCUCCCUGCAGGUAUGUCUUCUGUGUGCUGUGUACUUAACAAGUAGCCAAUAGCACGGGCCUGGUUUAGAUGUUUAAAUUGCUCAGGACAACUUACAGGUUUUAUAAUUGUGAAAUAAAGAUGUUUAAGGGUGUGCAAAGCACCAGAUUCUUCUAUGAGUGGUGACAAGCUGAAGAUGUGAGGCCACAGUGAGACAAGAAUGUGUUCCCUGGGUCUGUAAGUCUAGUUCUCCCUGUCUUGCUUCCAGCAGUUGCUAAUAGCAAUAUUGAGAGCCUAAAAACAGGGCAAGUGCAUGAUGGUAUUUCUGCUAGGAUACAGUCCCAGCAACCUGCAAUGUGAGGAAUUCUUGGGACAGGGUACAUGGAAAUACCUUUCCAGCUACAGCUAGUUAGCCUUGCUUUUGCAAUUCUGUAUUACUAAAUAUCUGAGCCCACAUGGCUUGAAAGCUGUCAGGUAGUAUUUAUCUAUGCAUUUUCACUUAACUAGUAAAUUAAUUUAAAUUAAUAAAUUAAUACUCUUGUGAUAAAGUAGUUUGCAUAAGCUUCUGGAUAUUCAUGCAUAGCACCUUGACAUGGGAUAUUGAAGUGCCUAACACAGGUUCAAAAUCAUUUAAUAUUCAUGCCUUUUACAGACGUAUCAGCUAUCCAGCAUGUCACAUGUAGAAGGUUUCACCACUUCAAGAUGUUUCAGGUGAUUUUUACUCUUGUCAGGGCUGCUCAGCAUUCCUCCCUUCCUGUCUCCUAAAGAUGAUUUGGGAGAUGAUGGAAUGUAAGACUCUAGAACAUUACAUCCAUUGUGAGAAAAAUUGUAUCACAAAACUUUGGCCUAAUACCUGACAACAUUUCUAAGAACUACUUUAGUGUUCUCGUUUUUGUGUGGACAUAGUCACUUUUUAUUAUCAGAUCUGCAGUUAACCAGUAUUGUGGUAAUACUGGUGGCACAGAAGUAUCAGAUGUUCUGCCUUAUGCUUUUUCCACAUGAAUCAAUAAUGUAGUUUUAAAAAAUCAUUCUUGUCAAAUCUACUGACAUCUGUGGAAACAAGACAUCUGGUAGUGUCCCAGUUGCUUAGAACAGACAUGCAUAUUUGUGUGUAGUCAUGAGAAGAGCCGUUUUUCUCAAUGCUAGAAAUAACCAGUUGCUCUGAAGUGGUGCCAUGUAAACAGUAUAGUACUAAUAAAUAAGGGCUAUUGUAUUUAGUUCACGUUAAUAAUUUCAGCAUAUCUUAAAAAAAAAACAGCAAACCCAACACCAAGUGUGAAAUGAGUGACCUGCAUAGAUUUCUUUAGUGUGGGUUGUUGUUUUUUUUUUAAA